CGCACGCAGCUCACUUCCAUGUUCCAUCUCAUCUCGCCCCUCCCUUUCCACCAUCUCCAGUAAGUUUGGGCCUCGCUUUCCUUCCCGACCCGACCCAGCUCGCAAUCGCAAGCCACACGCAUCGGGUUUCCCUCAGCGCAGCGAUCUCACCUCCCUGACCCGCUCCCUCCUCCCGCGUCACGUGUCCUCACAGCUCACCCCGCCGGCGGCCGGCCGCAGCGGCGCGCCCCCGACCCCCGACCCCCGACCAGGCGGAGCGCGGCCAGGGCAGGCGAGAUGGUCUUCGUCUGGCUCGCCGCCUUCUUCCUCGUCGUCACGCUCAUCGUGCUCGUCAUCUUCCAGUUGAUGUGCUUGGCAGAUCUGGAGUUCGAUUAUAUCAACCCGUUUGAUUCAUCCUCUCGAAUCAAUAAAGUGGUUAUGCCAGAAUUUAUAGUGCAAGCACUUCUAAGUGCAUUAUUCCUCUUAUCUGGGCACUGGGCGAUGUUUCUGCUUUCUGCCCCAAUGGUGUACUAUAAUUAUACAUUGUACGAGCGGCGGCAGCAUCUUGUAGAUGUGACAGAGAUAUUUAACCAUCUUUCACGGGAGAAGAAGCGCCGUCUUUUUAAGAUAGCUGCUCUUAUCGUCCUCCUAUUCUUGUCCUUGUUCUGGAUGAUUUGGAGUGUACUGGAGGAGCACGAGUAGAAUGAGAGAAAACACUGUGAUUGUGAUAGCUCAACCUGGUUCUGCAGCCGUUAGUUAGGUAUUACGACGUGGUCCUCGUGGCCUGCUGAACACCUACUCCGAUGCCGUUAUUGUUCAUAUGAAAGCCCUUUUGGAUAAAUUUAGGGUGUCAUGGAGAAACGAUGCAAGCAGAAGGGCGAAGACUACGUGUCCGAGGUGCUGUUUGUUGCUCGCGCCUAGUGUGAAAUCUCCUGCUGUUGUAGCGUGUAACAUAACAUGUAAGUUAGGAGCCACUCCCUCCUGUUUAUUUGAUCGUGCAUCCGUUCAUAUGGGGCAAAGUAACUGCUGCGCCCAACUGUGCAUGGUUUUAUUAUGACCGACAUUCUGUGUUUUGUGUUGCGUUGCACCGUUAAAUGCUGUCGAUUAUGUUGAUCC